AUGGCGGGCACCGCCAAUAGAAAAAUCGAAACAUACGAAGAGUUCGCGGAAGUUCACGCGCUACUACUUGCGGCGUCAGGUUUGCCGGAGUGUCUGCACCGGCGCCUCUUCGAGAAGCUCUCCGGUGAGUCCUUCGAUGGCGGCGACUACUUCCAAAUCGAGCCAUGCGAGGAUGGCCGUCAGCGGCGCCUCAUUCUCACGUCGGCGUCCAUGGCGACGGACUCCGACGUCUUCCUCGUCGAUCACGCAUGGACAUUCAGACUAUCAGACGCAUACAAGCAGCUGCGUGAGGUUCCAGGAUUGGCUGAGAGGAUGGGUUCUCUGAUGUGUGUGGACGUUGAUGUGAGUUCGGAUGGUGGUGAAACUGAAGCGAACAGUGAACGUGGUGUCGAAGAAACUUUGGAGAGUGAAGUUGGUGAGGCAGAGAAAGGAGAUGGGACGUUACAAUGGUUGGAGCUUGAAGGGCUUAACAUUGAUGAUGAUAUGCUUGUGUCUCUAGCCUUACCAACUAGGUUUCCGGAUUUAGUGGCACUUAGCCUGCUUGGAAACAAGCUCAGUAGCGCCGAAAUGGUUGUUCAGGAAAUUAUCAAAUUUAAACAUCUCAAGGGAUUCUGGCUCAACAAUAACCCAGUUCUUAAAAAUUGUGGUGGUACGCUCGCAGGGGUGAUUCUUAAGGAGUUGCCAGAACUGGAGAUUUAUAAUUCAAGUUUCACAAGCAAUUUUGGGGAGUGGGCCUUGGGCUUUUGUGCAGGGAUAUAUGGAAAGGAUAACCCUGUAAAUGCCGAUCAGGCUGACACUCUACUGCACAAUGUGUCUUCUCUUGACCUUUCAAAUAGGAACAUUCACAAUUUAAAGAAUAAGGCGUUUUCACCCAUUUGUUUGCCAUCUCUUACGGACUUGAAAAUUCAAGGAAAUCCAUUGGAGCAAAACUCAGCUGAAGACUUGUUAGCUUUGCUUCGGAGAUUCCCUUGCUUGCGUUCAUUGGAGGUGGAUAUUCCAGGUCCGCUUGGACGAAGUGCCACUGAAAUUCUGGAAUUUCUUCCAAACAUUUCUGAGCUAAAUGGUAUCAAUGCAUCCAAAAUAUUGGAAACAGGAAAGCAUGUUAUUGAUUCAAUGCUUCUCCCUCGUCUUCCUGAAUUGGCUCUUGAUGAGCCUCUUGCUGACCGUAUUAUAAAUGCAAUGUGGCAAUAUCUAAUGACAUAUAGACUUGCAGAUGAAGAAAAGUUAGAUGAAACAUCUGUAUGGUAUGUGAUGGAUGAGCUAGGUUCAGCUUUGCGGCAUAGUGAUGAGCCAAAUUUCAGAAUGGCACCAUUUCUGUUCAUGCCAGAGGGCAAUCUAGCAUCAGCUGUGAGCUUUUCUAUUCUAUGGCCAACACAGAAUGUACAGAAAGGUGAUGAGUGCACGCGUGAUUUUCUUCUUGGUAUAGGGGAGGAUAAGCAACGUUCUGCCAGGCUUACUGCCUGGUUCUACACUCCAGAAAACUACUUUAUCCAUGCAUAUGAGAAGCACCAUCAGAACUUGUUGUCCACAAAUUUAAUACCUCCCACCUUUCAGGAUUCUAAGACUCGAAGUAUUCAUCAACGUGGUGGGUGUCCAUUACGUGUAUACACAGAUAUACCUCAAGUAGAGGAAUACUUGACACAUCCGGAGUUUAUAAUCACAAAUGAGCCAAAAGGUGCAGAUAUAAUAUGGACAAGUGUGCAGGUAGACGAGGACAUGAAGAAGGCUACGGGAAUCACGGAUCAGCAAUACAUUAAUCAAUUUCCUUUUGAAGCAUGUCUUGUUAUGAAGCAUCAUUUAGCAGACACAAUUCAAAAGGCACAUGGAUCUCCUCAAUGGUUGCAGCCUACUUAUAAUCUUGAAACACACCUAUCUCAACUUAUUGGUGACUAUUGUGUACGCAAAAAGGAAGGACUAGACAAUCUUUGGAUCUUAAAACCCUGGAACAUGGCUCGAACCAUUGAUACUACUGUAACUGAUAAUUUGCCUGCAAUAAUCCGGCUCAUGGAAACUGGUCCCAAGAUUUGCCAGAAGUAUAUCGAACAACCUGCAUUGUUCCAGGGGAAAAAGUUUGAUCUCCGAUACAUAGUACUGGUUCGGAGCAUGCAUCCUCUGGAGAUAUUCUUGUCAGAUUGUUUCUGGGUUAGAAUAGCCAACAACCAAUAUUCUUUGGCCAGAAGUAGUUUGUUUGAGUAUGAAACUCAUUUCACCGUCAUGAAUUAUCGCGGAAGAAUAAAUCAUAAGAAUGCUAACGAAUUUGUGAGGGAAUUUGAGGAAGAACAUCAAGUUAAAUGGUUGGACAUACACACAAGAGUAAGGAAAAUGAUUCGAUCAGUGUUUGAAGCAGCUGCUGUUGCUCAUCCUGAGAUGCACAGUCCAACAUCAAGGGCAAUGUACGGUGUAGAUGUGAUGUUGGACAGCUCUUUCCAACCCAAGUUACUAGAGGUGACUUACUGCCCGGAUUGCACAAGAGCAGUCAAAUAUGACAUGGAUAUUGUGGUUGGAGAGGGAGGCGUUGCCAAAGCUUGUGAUUUCUUCAACAAUGUGUUCAGUUGUCUCUUUUUAAAUGAAACAUCACAAGUUAGUCAGUUGUAA